AUGGCGGUGCCGCGGUAGCUGGCUCCGGCUUGUGGCGUCCAAGGGAGCACGACGGUUUCUGCCCUCGGGCCGUGGGGGCGGCAACGCUGGGCUGACUCCUGCGGCGGCCCGUCGCCCCGCGUUAGGCACCAGUUCAGGGAGGCGCUGUUGCUGUAGCCGCGGGUUCCGGGUAGUGCCGGUGACCUCGCUGCAGGUACUUUGCGCCGGCCGCGCUCGCCGGAGGAAGAGGAGGAGGAGGGCGGCCACCAGCCUCACGGGUCUUCUGGGUCUGCGGCCUUGGAGUUCAUGAGGGCUCCGGGGUAGCUCCGUCUCUAAGGAGGCUGCGGGAGUUCGAGUCAUCGGGUUUGGGAGAAGCAGCCUAGGACACCUGGGGGCACGAAGAAGGCCGCAAGGACUUCACGUUCUUCCCCAGAGGACCGGCUUCUCCGCGUUGAUUAACCCCUCUUUCUUUACCACUUCCUCUCAAUGUUCUCCCCAUACAUCUGGAAAUAUGAUCAGCGCCCCUGACGUGGUGGCUUUCACCAAAGAGGACGACUACGAGGAAGAGCCUUACAAUGAGCCGGCCCUGCCCGAGGAGUACUCGGUGCCACUCUUCCCCUUCGCCAGCCAGGGAGCCAACCCGUGGUCCAAACUUUCCGGGGCCAAGUUCUCGAGGGACUUCAUUCUUAUUUCCGAGUUCUCUGAGCAGGUGGGACCCCAACCCUUGCUGACCAUCCCCAAUGACACCAAGGUUUUUGGCACUUUUGAUCUCAAUUACUUCUCCCUGCGGAUCAUGUCUGUGGAUUACCAGGCUUCCUUCGUGGGUCAUCCUCCUGGUUCUGCCUACCCCAAGUUGAACUUUGUGGAGGACUCCAAGGUGGUACUGGGCGAUUCCAAGGAGGGAGCCUUUGCAUAUGUGCACCACCUUACUCUGUACGACCUGGAGGCCCGUGGUUUCGUGAGACCCUUUUGCAUGGCUUAUAUCUCAGCAGACCAGCAUAAAAUCAUGCAGCAGUUCCAGGAACUUUCGGCUGAAUUUUCCAAAGCUUCUGAGUGCUUGAAGACAGGCAACAGGAAGGCAUUUGCUGGGGAACUUGAGAAAAAACUGAAAGACCUGGAUUACACCAGGACAGUGCUGCACACAGAAACAGAGAUCCAGAAGAAAGCCAACGACAGAGGCUUUUACUCAUCUCAGGCAAUUGAGAAAGCCAAUGAACUGGCCAGCGUGGAGAAGUCCAUCAUUGAACAUCAAGACCUGCUGAAGCAGAUCCGCUCAUACCCUCAUCGGAAGUUGAAGGGGUCUGAUUUGUGUUCUGGUGAGAUGGAGCACUCCCGGGAUCAGGUCGACCAGGCAUCCACUACCUCUAACCCUGAUGAGCCUGCUGACACAGACCUUUACACCCGCAGACCAGCCUACACCCCAAAACUCAUCAAAGCAAAGCCCACCAAGUGCUUUGACAAGAAAUUGAAGACUUUGGAGGAGCUCUGUGACACUGAAUAUUUCACCCAGACCUUGGCUCAGCUCAGCCACAUUGAGCACAUGUUCAGAGGAGACCUGUGCUAUCUCCUGACCAGUCACAUUGACAGAGCACUUUUAAAGCAACAGCACAUAACAAACUUCCUCUUUGAAGACUUUGUGGAAGUGGAUGACAGGGUGGUGGAGAAACAAGAGAGUAUACCGUCUAAGCCCAGUCAAGACAGGCCACCUUCCAGGUCUCUGGAAGAAUGCCCCAUUCCUAAAGUGUUAAUUAGUGUUGGUUCUUACAAGUCCAGUGUAGAGUCUGUGCUGAUCAAGAUGGAGCAGGAACUUGGGGAUGAGGAGUACAAGGAAGUGGAGGUGACAGAAUCAGGCAGUUUUGACCCCCAGGAAAACUUGGACUAUUUGGAUAUGGACAUGAAAGGGAGUAUCAGCAGUGGUGAGAGCAUCGAGGUUUUGGGCACAGAGAAGUCCACGUCCCUGCUGUCUAAGUCUGACAGCCAGUCCAGCCUCACGGUACCUUUGAGCCCCCAGGUGGUCCGUAGCAAAGCCGUCAGCCACAGGACCAUCAGCGAGGACAGUAUUGAAGUCCUCAGCACCUGCCCCUCUGAGGCCCUCAUCCCUGAUGACUUUAAGGCCAGCUACCCAAGUGCCAUUAAUGAAGAAGAAUCAUAUGCAGAUGAUAACGAGGGAGCCAUCCACUUCCGGGCAAGCAUCAGCCCGCCGGAGCUGGGUGAGGCUGAGGAGGGCAGCUUGGAAAACACCCCAUCACAAAUAGACUCCUCCUGCUGUAUUGGGAAGGAGAGUGACGGUCAGUUGGUGCCACUGUCUACUCCAGCCCACACCGAGGACAGUGUGGUGAGCAUUCCCCCACAGCGCUAUAGGCAGGACCAGGAAUUCCAUGUGGACUUUGCAGUGGAAAACACCAACCCUUCUUCUCGAGACAACAGUUGUGAAGGAUUCCCCACUUAUGAGCUGGACCCAAGCCACCUGCUGGCUAGCCGGGAUGUCAGUAAGACCAGCCUGGACAACUACUCAGACAGCACCAGCUACAUGAGCAGCAUCGCCUCCACCAGCUCGGACAGGGCCCUCUCCUCUGCUCAUUCUGCCAGCCUGUCUUCUGAGAGGCAUAAAAAAAGGGCUGGCCAGAACGCCUUAAAAUUCAUCCGCCAGUACCCCUUUGCUCACCCAGCCAUCUAUUCCCUGCUCAGUGGGAGGACGCUUGUGGUCCUGGGGGAAGACGAGGCCAUAGUCAGGAAGCUUGUAACAGCACUGUCCAUUUUUGUCCCCAAUUAUGGCCGCUAUGCCAAACCUGUGAAGCACUGGGUCUCCUCACCUUUGCACAUUAUGGAUUUUCAGAAGUGGAAGCUUAUUGGCCUGCAGAGAGUGGCCUCCCCUGCCAAUGCCAGCACCCUCCAUGCCCUGGGCCGCUAUAGCCGCUACACGAGCAUCCUGGACCUGGACAACAAAACCCUGCGCUGCCCCCUCUACAGAGGCACUCUCGUGCCCCGCCUGGCUGACCACCGCACUCAGAUCAAGCGGGGCAGCACCUACUAUCUGCACGUCCAGAGCAUGCUCACCCAGCUCUGCUCCAAGGCCUUCCUCUACACCUUUUGCCACCACCUGCACCUGCCUCCCCAUGAUAAGGAGGCAGAGGAACUGCUUGCCAGUCGCCAAGCGAGCUUCCUGAAGCUGAAUCUGGGUCUGGUGAAUGAGGAUAUCAGGGUGGUCCAGUACCUGGCUGAGCUGCUGAAGCUGCACUACAUGCAGGAGUCUCCUGGGACCAGCCGCCCCAUGCUCAGGUUUGACUAUGUCCCCAGCUUUUUAUACAAAAUCUGAGGUUGGUCCCAGCCACUGUGAACAAGACCUGUGACUCAGGGUACAGGGAGGGGAGGGACUGGCAUGACCCAACAUUUGCCUGAGCUGGACUGUUUAGGCUUCUGUUGCCAGUGGGAAGAAAACCAAAGUGGUGGUUGUGGUCCCGAUAUGGCUCCAGGCAGCUUGCUGGUUGGACUUGGACAGAGGUGGGAGCCUGGCUCUCUCUGAAGGUGCCUGGAAGUACAGUCCCAGCUGCUGUCAGCUUUCUGGUGAAGUGUGGUCCCUGGAUAUGGGAGGUAGGGGGUCUAGACUUUCCAAAGACUGGCAGCCAGGGUAGAAGCCACCAGUCCCUCAGUGCGGUGGUGUGAGGGGUGGGAAGGCCAAAACCCGAAUGGGAGGAGCACACUGGCCACCUUCGGCCUUGCCAGAUACGCGAGUGGCAAAAUCAGCAAGGAAGACAGCCAUUACCUGUGAUGACUUGGUGGAAGACAGGGACAACAGGACAUCCAUUGCUCAUUCAGACCCCAGCUGUGGCCCUUUAUUUGGCCUCCUGGAGCCCAUUAUCCCACAGAAGGCCCCUGAACAAGUGAGGUGGAGGGAGCAAGCACUGCUGCGGCUGGGGAGUGGAAACACACCAUCUUCUAGGUGCCAGGGCAGCGUAGAGCAGGAGCAGCGCCCUGUCCCCGUCCUCGCCGCCUCACCAGGGAGAGCCAUGCCUGUGAACAGGCCUUGGAAGCCACUCCCCACAGUUGGCAGGGAUGAGCAGUGUGGUCAUUUGUCCCAGAUGAGAAGUGGGCACCAUACGGCCAACACCAGUGGCGAGGACCACCAUGGAGCUGGAGAGCUCAGCAGAGAGCAGGGCCGUGGGCCGUGAGGCCAUCUCCACUGUGCAGGAGGGGAGUCCCAGCAGCUGUCCUGGGGCUGCCCAACAACUCUGUCCCCUUGGGGAAGGUGUGCAGACAGGCUGGGACGUGGCAGAGGUCACACUCCAGUCUUCACUCACAGCAGAGCUUUGCAACCACCUCACUACCUCUCACAGGGUCUCAUGGGCAUGGCGACAGGGGGCUGUCUCCGUGGAUCUGCCCCGGGAGGUUGUGCAUGCCUCUGUCACCACAGCUCACAGCUGUCCCCGGGUGAGCCCCCCUUUGAGGAAUGAGUUCAAGACUGGAAAGGAGGUGCAGUCUGGUCACCUACUGCCUGUCCCACUGAUGGUGAUCCCCCAGCCUCCCUGAGGCUCCUUACACAGUUGCCAGUGGUUGGAGGGUUUCUCGCAACCUUGAAAAUUUUAUACCUUUAUUUUUAAUGCUGUUUUGUUUCCUAGGUGGGGAAAACUCUGGGUAUUACUGCUUGUUAUAUGAAUAUUGUGAUAAAGUGGACCUGAAUCAGCCACGUGUGUGUGCAUCUGUUGGGUCCUGCUACUGAGGCCUGGUCUGCCUGUUAACUUGUGGCACGCCAUUGGAGACAUGUGGGGAGGGAGCCAGCUUCCCUUCUCGUGGAAGGGGCAGAGACCCCUGGUGGAAGCUGAAAGUGUCCAAAGAGGGCUGGCAUCACAUCACUCCUGUGGGCCUUUCCUUGGCACAAGGAUCUGGCCCCUUGGCUCUGGUCAUUGGCUUCCAGUUGGGGUCCUUGUCCUGUCAGAGGGUGCAUGAUUUUGCUCCUGAGGCUGUGACCAAGAACCUUAUGUGGCAGGUGGCACUGCCUGCAUCUCAUCAGUUGUCUUUAUACCUGUGCCUGUUGCACGUGUUUACAGAUGGAAGAGUCGCCAGGAAAGCCUUGUUAGCUUUUAAAUGCAAAAUGUUCUUUUGUGUGCGACACAGGCUGCCUGGGAAGCCUGUUUCCUUGGGCUGCCACAUUCGUUACCACUCCCUUCAUGUUCUAGAUGCUGCUUUGUUUUCCAGCUGGGUGGCUAAUUGCUACCUACUUAUGCCUCCAAGGACAUGACUGCAACAUUUUGUCUUAAAGGGAAGGAAGGCCUGUAGAGCCGAAUGACAGCUGGAAGGUGGUCCUUGGCACUACCACUAUUGCCUUGCUGUGUGUAACACCAGCAUGGAAGCUCACAGCUAAUACUGUCUUCACCUAGGAAACUGAGAGGGGAAAGAUGAGUAUUGGGCAGAUGCUGAACUGCAGCCAUACUUGGCCUUCAAGAAGCUAAAGCUGUGCACUCCCUUGGUCUUAAGUGGAAGUCUGCUUAGGGGUAUUUGCCUGGUGCUUGGUCUCCAGGGCAGUUCAGAAGAUCCUGAGGACUCAGGCAAGAGACCAGUAGGGAUUGAACAGAGCAGACUGGCCCAUGGGACAGCACAGAAAUGGCAAAUGGGCACAUCUCCCCCGAGGUAGUAAAGAUGGCCUCAAUGACUAGGGUUUGAACUCCAGGAUUUAGAUUUUGGUUAAGAACUGACUUUUCAAUAUGGCAGUUUCAAAGGAUUACUUGAUGCAAGGUAUGUGUCCUUUCAAAGGGAUCUUAAAUUGGUUCUGGGUUUGAGUCAUAGUUUAGGCAGAGGCAGGUAACACUGUGAAGCUCUGCCCCUCCUUAGUCCCCUCUCCACUUUUGGGAACUCGAACCUCCUAGAAGUCUCACAUGUAUAAACCUCAGUGGUGGGGAGAUCUAUGCAGUGGGACUAAACUACUCAAGAAUUUUCACUUGAAAUAUUCCACUAGUAAAAGGUUAAUAGUUUUAAUAAAAUAUUUAAAAACAACACUUCCCAGAAAAUAGAUUAAUUACUUCUUCAGUUUUAACUAUCACUUCGAGGGCCCAGGUACUGAAACUUUGGUUGUUUGAGGUUUGUUUCAACUUCACUGCCUGUCCAUUAUCCUCUCCCACUUAAAGCAGUCUAAGUGAAGCAGCAGCAGCUGGCCAGGACCGCAGCUGCCGCCUCACGCCUCACCAUUUCCCUAGGAACCUCGCUCCUCCAGUGGAACCUUUGGAUUUUAGAAGUUGUGACUUUUUCGUAAUUGACUACAAUGGCUGAAGUUACACUUGUUGCUCCAGAACUUGGAGAUGGACCACGAUGGCUUACUUGUCAUUCCCCAUCUAGCUUUAACUACUUUGCUUCAGAUCAGUUGCUGUAUUCAAAGUAUAGUAGAUUUCAAACCCCACACAAAUAAGCCCCAUUUCAAAGUCCUAGGAAGGCCAAUCAAUUCCACCCCAAGUGCUGGGGCUGCUUCAGUGGAGCCAUGUGGUUCUGGAGGCCGAGAGCAGCCCCUUGCACACUGACCAUCCGUCAUGUGUGCUGCUGCACCCCAGCAUACCAGCAGCUGACCCCGCCCCCCAUACCCACGCCUACUGCGUGUGGGUCCUGUUCCAUGCUGCUCUGUCUUGUCUUCAUCUGCACAGCUGGUAACAGUUUCACUCAGUGGGGCACUUAUCAGUAGGUGUGCAAGGCCUUCACAAGAACAGCUCCCACAGUGGGCAGUCAGGUUUCUCCCAGUCUCCUUUACCUCCCCCACCUCCCUAAAAAGCUCAGAAGACAGUCCCUUGGUUUGUGCUCUGAAGCAUACCAGCCAGCUUUCUGGCUUUGCCCCAAUACUGUGAUAGAAAGUGAAAAACUGGAAAUCUUUAAAGCAUCAAGUUUCUACUUUGGUUUGGAAAGCAAACCAAUCUCAGCUGAUAAGGUUGGUAACUAAGUUUUCCUGAGCCCAUUCUCCAAGCACUGACCUAAUCUGGCCUUAACUUAUUAAGGCUUGGUUGAAGCUUUGGAAAGGGGGAGGUAGGAGUGGGUGAGGUAGGGGAGGGGAGUGAGCACUGCCACAGAUUAAUCUGCAGGUGUGGGGCCCAGUGUCCUGGGAGUUCAGCUCUGAAGUGGAUGCCACACACAGGGUCUUGGAGAUGUCUGUCUUCAGCUGGUAGAGUCACUCCCCUGAACUUAAGACCACUUUGUCACCAUAACAGCUCCCAAAUUGGAGGCAGAGAUGGGACUGUUGCAUAGCCCACAUGCCAUGGAGACUGCAGCUGUCCCCACCCACAACAGAGUAAACAAUGUGCUGGACCCCAGGCUGUAGGAGCCGCAGCCUGGACCACAGGGUGCCUCGCUCAGACUGUCCAACAGUGGUACCUGGAGUCACGGGUUGGAUUGAGAUAUUUGCAGUGAAAAGCAUAGUCUGUGAAGAAUUCGUACUUGUUAUUUUUUAAAAAGCUAUUUUAUUACUGCAUGUUCCUGUCCAUGUCUGUGAAUGUGACCCUGACCACCAUGUGGGCUGCAAUCUUGGUGGAUGGUGCAGGAGUGCAGCCCACACAGGUGGUGUCCUCGCACGGGGAUUGCUGCACAAGAGUUUAACCAGAGUAAAUGCCAAACAAAUAGUAUGAGAAGUGUACUUUUUAAGAAAUUAAUUUAUUUGAGUUCAGAUAUUUUUGAAAUAUAAGAGUUGGUUGUAUUUUUUAAAGCUAUGAUUCUUGUAGACAUUCUGUGGUUUAAAACUUGAUUGUGCUUAUUAAAAAUGGUCACUUGUUUUGCACUUCAGCUAUGUGAGAAAUAAAGUUUCUUUGGGAAGGCGA